CUUAGCCCUACUAACUAAUAAUUAGUAUUAGUAAAGUAAAAGUUACUUUAGUCCUACUAACUACUCAGACUAGAUCUAGAUAGAUAGUAGAUAUAUUAUAUAUGACUAGAAUUAGAUAGAAUCCCUAGUUAUUAGUAGUUAAGUAAAGAGUCUUAAUUAGCUUAAACUUAACUUAAUAACUUCAUUUUAGUAAUCUAUCGGUUUAGAUUUUACUUUUAGGGAGGUCUACGUAGUAUGUAAAAUCGUCCCAGGCUAGUAGUAUAGGCCUAAGUCACAAGUAUAAUAGUUAGUAGGCCCUACUAAUUAGGUAGUUAUAAUUAGGCCUAAUAGUAAUGUGAGAAAUAUGUGACUCAUUAAAUUAAUUAAUAUGGCUUUAAUACCACCCCCUCUGAGAAAUGCCUGUCACUUUUAUUGACUCCCCCAAUGCCAAUAGACUCAACAAAAAAAUUUAGAUUAUUGCAGUGAUUAGCCCUGCUAUUCUUCUUUUUGUUCUAAAACAAUACUAUUCUUUUGUAUUUAAUUUUUCAGGUAUUUUAUUGAAGCUAGUCAUGUAGAUCAAAGAAUGACAACUGUUUAGACAGUUCUGUUUGAUGAAAUACCAAUCGCAAAGUCUUGACAGUGCUGGAAAAUGUAUUGGGAUUGGGCCUCCUUGCAAGAGGAGAUUCAAUGUGACAGAGGAAACCAAUCAGUUUUACACAAGUUUCCUGCUAAUGUGGGACGAGAAGUUGCAUGUCAUGUGGUAAAACACAUUGCCCAAAGCUUAAGUAUAGCAUCUGGAACAGAUGAACCCAGUAGUCUUCAAGAUGAGAAAGAUGUCAACUGGACUAUGGAGGUUCUUUGUUUUGGUUUGGGUUUACCACUAACUGAGCACGAGACAAUCAACAACUGUGUCAAAGUUUAUGUUGAGUGGUUAACUGCACUAGUCAGUCCCAAACCUUGUGUGCCACGUCCUAUCAUUGAAGAUCCCAACCCUUUUGCCCAAGUUAUGCUACACCACUUGCUCAAUCUUUUCACUCCCCGUCCAGAUUCACCACCAGACUUGGUAAAUAGGCAAGCUUUACUGUGUCACCGUGUUCUACGAGCCAUAGAGACCAUGGCUAAAGAAUCGUCAAUGUUGACUAGAGAAACAUGGGAGGUCUUGCUGAAAUUUCUAUUAGCAGCAAAUGACAGUCUGUUAAGUCCACCUACUGAAAAAGAUGACAUAAGUGAACAUCUUUGUGACCGUGUGCUGAAUGUGCUGUUUGUCAUCUGGCUGAUGGCCUGCCACAAGAGCUUCCCAUCACCAUCCUUGUGGAAGACAUUUCGCAACAUGUGCCUGUACUGGCGCCACCACGAGGCUCUGGUCACCAUGUGGCAUCGUGUCAACCACACCCUCACAGCCAGCAUGCUUAAAAUCAUGUAUGGACCAGAGUUUCCUGAAAUGACCAUUGGAGAAGAGGAGUCCCAGCUGUUGCCGGCAGACAUGAGCAGUGAAUCCAUAGCCCAGUGCUGGUUCCGCUUCCUGCACAUCCUCCAGAACCCAGUAGACUUGAGCCGCCCAAGUGUGGUCAGCAACACCCCCAAGUUUUUGCAGUAUGCCCUGACCUGUGAUGCAGUUGUUGAUCCUUCAUAUCACCCUUGUCUGUCUAGGCUUCCUUUUGUAUUCCUGAGAGCUAUGAAGGGAAUAUCUGCUAUGGUCAAUGCUUUCUUAGGUCUCCCUCAGGAAAUUAAGAUGGAGGCGUCUCUGUGUGAAAUGCAGAACAGUGGUAUAGGCAGUAAAGUUGUGACCACCCCAUCAACCCCUCCAGGACAGAGAAAAGCAGUGAAGACAAUAUCUGCUCUCACCACUAAAGUGACAUCAAAAGCUCAUGCCAAAAGUAUAGCAGCCCCGCCAGUAAACAGUAUCAAUGUAGAGAAGCUCACCCUGGACACCAGGCUGCCAUACGCCCCCAAACGGCCAAAAUGUAACAGCAUUCUUCACUUGUUUGAUGCCUGGCUGUUUGAUGCUUCUCUGGCCGGAGUUAAACUUCAUCCAUCACACGCUGCUCCAGUCAAGGAGCGUAGGACAAGCUCAUUCAUUGAGUCCAAGCACAGCUCUCUCUCCAUGGACCUCAACACAGACCCCAGCCAGACCAGAGACGUGGCCUACCAGGCAGGGAGGGCUGAAGCCUGUGGCGCCCUCUGUAGAAUUUUUUGUGCACACAAGACAGGGGAGGCUAUUCUCCCUGAAUAUUAUUCUCGCUUUUAUCUCAUAAUGUAUUAUGGCUUACAGACUGAUGAGGCUAACAUAAGUGGUGAAGUCCUGUCCAACAUAUUGUUCAACUCCUGCUCACUGCUGCGAGUGGACCUGUCUGGAGUCCAGCUACUGUUACCCUACAUUUUGAAGGCCAUAGAACUAGUGCUGAGUAAAACAACCCCAGAUUUCAAGCUAUGUGAACAGAUCCCCUACUCUGAGCUGAGAAAGGCUUGCAUCCAUUUGUUGAUCUCUAUGCUCUGCUUGCCUCUACAUUUUAAACAUUUGGAAAUUAAAGAUAUCUUGAAGAAAGAGGAUGGUCAGCAAGCGGUCACUUUCCUCUCACUGCGCACUCGGAUCACAGAGCUGAUUAGAGUUGCACUCACUAAUGAAACAGACUCUCAAAACACCCAAAUGUUAUUAGGUGGUUUCCUGCUUGUUGUGGAGGAUCUGGCUACCAGUGAGCAGGCAGAUAAUCUCCCUUUACAACCUAACCAGGACCUCAGUGAUUCAGACAUGCAAGCAGAUAUGAGCAAGACAAGCCCCAGCUCAACGUCUACAGACACCACCAGCUACCAGGAGAGGUACCAGGAAACAACAUACCAGAGACUUCAAACCACUGGAUCCACCAACUUAGAUACAGCGUAUGGACUGUUUGGUCAUGCCACCUCCCUGGUAUGUAACCGCCUGAUGGCAACAUGGAAGACUGACUUAAACGUGGCUCUGGCAGCCAUGGAGUUGUUGGCUGGGCUGGCCAAGGUCAAGAUUAAACCUGCCAACAUGCUCAUGUGUAAACGAACUGUCAAGUGGAUAUGUGACCUCAUUGUUUUUCAGUGCUCUAGACCAGCACCCAACCACUCCAGGGACCUCCACUCCAUGCUGUGUGCAGCCUUCAAAUGCCUGCAACUGUGGCUUGUGGAGCACAGCUCACUGCUCUAUGACAGAGAGUGUUUACACCAGGUUUUAGAAGUUGUGGAACUUGGUAUUUCAGGAUCCAAAUCACAGACUAAAACUCAGGAAAUGCAAACAGUGAAAGUGAAAAUUGACAAGGAUGCUAAAUCUGUGUCAAUGAAGAACAGAGCUAGCGACCCACCAAAGUUUAAAGGCAACAAAGAACUGAUGCCUGCCUCCAUGAGGGUCAAGGAUGCAGCUGAGGCUUUACUCACCUGUAUCAUUGAUCAAGUGGGAGCUUUUCCUCCACCUUGUGGCCCAGAGUCCCUCUUUUCCCUGCUGGAUGAACGUUCUCUGCUCAAGUUUGCUAAAGGGAACACUUUGCCAGAGCAAGGAUCUUUGUUCAGAUACUUUGUUAUCGACAACUCUGUAAUAGUGGGUCUACUGGAGCAGCCGUUAGGAAACAUUGAAGAUCCUUUACCUACUGUAACUGCUUUGAUCCGAGGAGCUUUUGGUCGUCAUGCAUGGACCAUGCAGUUGAGACACUCCCCUAGGGCUUGUAAAAUCUCCUCAAGAGCCCAUUUGUCAGACCCUGGCCGACCUAUACCUGAUGACUCGGUGGGUGUCCAGCACCAGCUGAAACACAGAUACUUCCCUGAGAGUGUUAAUAAAAUAGCACAGACUAAAGCAGAGAAAAGCAUCCCAUCUUUAGAGUCAGUGCUGGUAGAGAAACAAUCGGCAGAUGUUGACAAGAUGAAGCACCUGAUAGAGCAGGUGUCAACCUUUGAAAAGGAAGUGUCUCAGAGAGCUAAAAUAGAAAGAGAGAAAACUCACUUUCCUGACCCUACAACAGAGUGUAAGCCACCUAGGAUUUGUAAUGAAUACCAAACAGCUCGUUUGUUUUUGUCUCACUAUGGUCUACUUUCACUAGAGGCUUUAAAAGAGCCCUCUAACAGCAGUGUCCCACCAAAUCUCAUCAUGCUGGACACCACCAACUCUGGUCUCUUCACUGACCUUGAGUGUUUAGACUUCAUACCUAGCCGGGAUAAUGACACUGUUCAUAUAUUUUAUGUCAAGCAUGGGCAGACAACUGCUGCAGAGAUUUUAUCCAAUGUGACUUCUUACAGCAAUGUUCAGCCGCAGUUUGUAGAGUUCCUCCAUGCCCUAGGCUGGCCAGUUGAUGUGAGGAAACAUGCAGGUUGGACAGGUCAUGUAACUACAUCAUGGAAGAUCAUUGAACCAGACGACAUGGAUGAAGAUGAAUACCAGACUGGAACAGGGGGCAGUCUGUAUGACGGCAGACAACAAGUUCUCUACUGGGCAGAUGUUUUGUCAGAGUUAGCUUUAGUCGUCCCAUCACCAGAAACAUACAGGCUUCGCUCAUUAAGUACAUCAGAGAUCGGCACAGAAAACAAAUCUCCAGCAAUGUUUCGAGGUUCAGAUCCUGCAGCUAAACCUACAACUCUACUACUUGAGGCAGAGAAGAGUCGUCUUUUGGAGAAGGAAUCCCCAGGCUCACCCCAGGAAAUUCCUGCAGCAGCCCAGCCUGGGGUCAAGUACAGGCGACUAGGCCGUCAGCCUGCCUCCAUGACUGGACCAGACACAAAAGUCUUGGUUGUAUGGUUGGAGAGCUUUGAGGAUCAUGAUAACUUUCCCAUAUCUGAGCUUCUGAUUGUAACAAGUACUGGGCAAGAGCAGGGCACUAGUACCAGUGCUACAACUGUACUGAGACCAGCUGAAAAAGAUGUCUAUGUCAUCUUUAUUCAUGCCUUACAGAAUGGCUUGUUUAGAAUCCAUAUGAUGGAAUAUGAGAAGACACAGACCAAAAUGUCAAUAGCAAUUCCACUAGUUGAUGGCAUGGUGGUUAGUCGAAGGACACUGGGCUCCAUGGUGAGACAGACUGCUAUUAAUAUUUGCAGAAGACGACGAUUAGAGAGUGAAUCCUAUCAACCUCCUCAUGUCAGGAGGAAGCUGAAGAUACAAGAGAUGGUUAGCAAGUACAAGUGCACUAUGACACCAGCUGAAUUCUACACAGCUUUAUUUCAAGACAGUCCAAAGUAAAAGAACAAACUCUUAUACAAGUUGUCAGUAUUUAUUUAUUUAUUUUAUCAAGAUCCUGGUAACUACUCACAGAAAUCUGUUGGCUGCUGCCCCUCCACUGCUCUGAAAGUUCUGUUCACUUAGAUGGCUGUAAACCUUUGGAUCAUUCAUAGGACAUCAUCUAAAAGAAAAUUUUUAUAUCUGUACUACAGGAGAUCUGACAUUAGUGACAAAAAGGUCAUAGUGGGUUGGGUAUCAACAGCCAGGUCUCAGGGAAAUUAUAGUCUCUUAUUGCUGUGUAAUGGGAGUUCCAGGGGCACAAUAGCCAUAUGUGACAUAGCAAACAUAUGGUUUCAGUACUUUCAGUCAAAUAUUUUGUAAGUUAUUUAUAUCACUUUAACUUUAACAUACUUUGGUGCUUUUGAAGACCUGGAGUCUUUUUUUUUUGUAUACAUCUUGUACAUUUUUGUGAGGUCACGGACAUAAUUUUCUUUAAAAUGCAAAUGUUUGCAGAUAAAAUGUACUUUGACACCCUAACUAUUGUGUUCCUACAUAAAUACAACAACAAAACAUAUGAAUAAAACCAUGCUUGAUAUUUAACCUGUUGAAAUCAAAUAUGUUUGUCAAUGCCAGAUCAAGUUUUAUAUUUUUGUAAUUUGCUCUAACGGGCAUACAAACAUUAACCAAGAUUUAGUACUUUGUGGUAGGCACAAAAAGAAAAAAGCCUUAUGUGUGAUGUUGUGUUCUCUAAUGUGAAUUGUAAUAUUGAUAUUACCUUGCAAAAAGCUGAAUGUGUAAAGUCUUUAAGUGAUUUCACUGCAGCAACACAACUGUUUCAUUUGUUUCUAUCACAUACUUAUUGUAUUCACAUCAGCCAUGGAUUUGUUCUAUUGUAAACAUGAAUGGGAUGUACUAUAGGCCACUUUUGAACAACACAUAUUCACCCAGAACUCUGAUAUGUUUAUCAUUUGAUGAGUUCAUGAAGUAACUGAAGUGUUCAGUCAUUAUUUUUUUUAACCUGGUGUCUGUCAGAAGGUCGCUUUAUGAUUUGUUUAAACAAGAUUUUGUUGGAUGCUAAUUUAAAAAUACAAUAAGCGGCUGAACUGAGUGGAGUAGUGAUGUGACAAUAUGAGCUGUCACUGAGCUUGGCAUUAUAAUGUAAUUUACAGAGCUCAUUAUAACAAUCUGUACCAAUGGAGUGGAUUAGAUGCUAGAUCAAUCAAAUUGUUCCCAUUGAUUAACUACAUGUUAGUGAGGUCUGCUCAAAUAAUCCAAUGCUCUUUCUAAAUAUGCCUGCUCAAACUUGAGUGCUCAUCUUUAUCUUCAGAUAUUGGUUAAUAACAUCCACCAUUUCUCAAACUCUAAUUAACUCUAAUACAUAAAAAUUACAAAGCAUAUUUUACACAAUUAUAAACUCUGCAAAAUACUGAAAUACUCUUUUAAAACUACCAGUUGCUUAUAGUAAAUAUGAGCAGACCUCGUUAAGAAGACAUGAGUAUGUGAAUAUUUUAUAUUUUUAACUUUUAUUUUUUAUUGUAUACUCAUGUAAAAGAAAGUGAACAAUAUGUACACUAUUUUCAGUGCAAUAUUUGUGUUAACUUCAAGAUUAUACACAGGUCAUUGUAAACUAGGACAAUAUCAAAGUGACCUCAAUUUAAACAUGUUUAUGUAGUCACUUGGGGAGAUGGCAGCUAUGUGCCAAAUUUCCUCAGGUCUGUUGGUUAAAUAAAGUCUAAUAGAAACUUA